AUGACUGUAGAUGACGAAUCCAGAAAAUUAUUGACUAUCAAUACUGAAAAGGGAUUGUACAGAUACAACAGAUUAGUAUUUGGUGUGGCCUCAGCGCCAGCCAUGUGGCAGCGCACAAUCGAUACUGUGUUACAAGGGCUGGCCGGGGUAAAAUGUAUAAUGGAUGACAUGAUCAUCACAGGAACGAGUGAAGAAGAACACUUACAAAAUUUGGAAGCAGUACUGCAGAGACUGGAUGACUACAAUUUGCGAGUAAACUUAGAUAAGUGUGAGUUUUUCAGGGAGCGCGUUUCAUAUUGUGGACAUGAAAUCGACAGUGAAGGAUUACACAAAACACAGGCAAAAAUCGAUGCAGUUAUCAAUGCUCCAAAGCCGACACAUGUAUCGGAGUUGCGUUCAUUCCUAGGAAUUGUGAACUAUUAUGCCAGAUUUCUGCCAAAUCUGUCUAGCACAUUAUAUCCGUUACAUCAGCUGUUGUCAAAGGAGAAGAAAUGGGAGUGGACCCCUAAAUGUGAUAGAGCCUUCUUGGAUAUUAAACGAAUGAUAACAUCCGAAGAAGUUCUGACACACUACAAUCCCGAUCAGCCAGUACGAUUAGCUUGUGAUGCUUCGCCAUACGGCAUAGGAUGCGUCUUAUCACAUGUGAUGGAUGAUGGGUCAGAAAGGCCUAUUGCGUAUGCCUCACGAUCACUAUCGGCUGCAGAGAAAAACUAUUCACAGAUUGACCGCGAAGCCUUGGGUAUAGUGUGGGGUGUAAAGCGUUUCAAUACCUAUUUAUAUGGGAGACAUUUUACGUUACUCACCGAUCACAAGCCGUUAGUGUCUAUUUUUCAUCCAGAAAAGGGAAUUUCAACAACUUCAGCUGCACGCAUGCAAAGAUAUGCUUUAUUUCUAUCAGGAUAUGAUUAUGAAAUCAUGUACAAAAAUACUAAAACGCAUGGAAAUGCAGACAGUUUAUCGCGACUGCCAUUAUCCGAAUGUGAAACUUCCGAAGACACUAGUGUUGACAUAAUGUACAUGUCGCAAAUUGAACAGUUACCAAUUACGAGCGCCAAAAUAAAACAGGAAACUGGACGCGACACAGUUUUAUCGCAUGUAUACGAGUCUGUCAUGAAUGGGUGGAUCACAUACAUUAAAUCAGAGGACAAGGACCUGUAUCCGUACUUCAGCCGCAGAGAUGAAUUAGCUGUGCACAACGGAUGUCUUCUAUGGGGUAUGCGUGUGAUAAUUCCACUGAAAUUGAGAAGCCAUGUUCUGAACGAUCUGCAUGUAGGGCAUAUUGGGAUAGCAAAAAUGAAGGCCUUGGCCAGGAGUUUGGUGUGGUGGCCAGGCAUCGACCAAGACAUUGAAAAUAUUUCAAAAUCAUGUGCAGGAUGUAGCGAAUUUAAACGUUCACCACCAUCCGCCCCAGUUCACCCAUGGGAGUGGCCCACUAGCCCAUGGGAGCGUGUUCAUAUUGACUUUGCCGGGCCAUUUUUGAACUCAAUGUUUUUUAUAGCAGUUGACGCCCAUUCAAAGUGGCCGGAAGUGAUCCAAAUGCGCGAAACGACAUCAGAUCUUACUAUUGAUGUGUUGCGAUGCAUAUUCUCUAGAAAUGGAGUGCCGAAAGUCUUAGUGAGUGACAAUGCUGACUUUCAGAAAUUUACCAAAGCCAAUGGCAUAAAACAUGUGACCUCCGCUCCUUACCACCCAAGUUCCAAUGGACUAGCUGAGCGGUUUGUCCAAUCUUUUAAGUCAGCCAUGAAAGCAAGUAAAAAAGACAGCGGAUCUUUACAAACCAAAUUGGCAAAUGUUCUUUUAGCAUACAGAAAUGCUUCACAUGCAACCACGGGAGAGUCUCCUGCAAAACUAUUUCUUGGACGCACUUUAUCAUCUAGACUGGAUUUGGUGAAACCGAACACUGAGCGGGAUGUCAAGAGUAAGCAAUUUGACAUGGCUAACAAAAGAGGAAGUCCACUACGUGCGUUCGAACCAGGAAGGGAGGUGAUUGUAAGAGACUACCGUAAAAACGCAAUAUCAAACUGGGUAUCCGGAACUAUCAGUGAACAAAAUGGCCCAGUCUCAUAUCGUGUAGAAGUGGCACCAGGUCAAACGUGGAGACGACACAUUGAUCAGAUUCAGGAGUUCGCGGCCAACGUCAGUGCAUCAGAUACACCUAUUACAAAUGAUAUCUCUGUAAAUCAGCAAUCCGGUGCUAUUCCCAGGCAGGACUCACAGCUUGAUUCGCGAAGUCAAGAUAUCCGUAUGUCUAGUCAGGAUAGUCAACCACCUAGUCAAGAGGUCAGUACUCCACCUCAGAUUCAGCAAACUGAUCAGCGUUCGGAACCGAGAAGAAAUCCAAGGCGCACAGCUGGUCCGCCAAGUCGUUACAAAGACUUUGUAUCGUGCAAGUGA